GAGAAAGAGUGAACACACACAUUGAAUAUAUUAUCGACCUUUGCCAGAUAGAGAGGAACGCAGGGAAGGCGUUAUAAUGUUAGUCCUUUAUUAUCAUCUUUGGGAGACAUGAUACACACGGAAGAGUAGAUUUUGAUAGUAAAGUGGCAGAAUUGUUUUUCCUCCCUUCUUUUUUGUGUUUCAUUUCCUUCACUCGUUUGUACUGGGGAUUUUGCAGAUCGCACACAUUUCCAUGCAGUACAGUAUUUAGAAGUUUAUCUGGUUUGGCCGUCUAUCAUAAGGGUUUUUUUUAUUUUUAUUUUGUAUAAAUAUUUUUUUUUAAGGCUAAACCGCGUUACAAUUUACAUUGAAACAGAUUUGUCCAAACAGGCUGAAAAAGAGCCAACAAUGAAGGCGGAAUUACUUCCAAUUGCAACAUGGCUGCUGCUGCCCACACGUUUAUGGGAGAAGUUUAGUCCCUGAUGCAGAAUAAGUUUUGUUUCUCGUUUAUUGAAAAGAUAAAGGUCAGUACUUAUUAGAUACAUUGCCUUUGCUUUGGACUGCACGAGCCAAAACUACGCAGAGAAACCGAGACAAGGGCGACUUGGAUACUCCAUCUGUGAUUACAGGACUUCACAUUACUGUCCGGAUUUGUUACUCGUGUAACGUCUGAGGCUUUAUCUCAUCUCUCAAUCUUUCCUGAGGAAGACAAAAAGAUGCAUUUUUCCAUUCCUGAGACGGAGGUUCGCUCCGGUGAAAAUGGCUCUACAUAUGUGGCCUACAACAUCCAUGUCAACGGGGUCCUGCACUGCCGAGUGCGCUACAGCCAGCUCUUAGGCUUGCAUGAACAGAUCAAGAAAGAGUAUGGAAACAACGUGGUACCUGCCUUCCCCCCAAAGAAGAUCUUCACCCUCACGCCUGCAGAAGUGGAGCAGCGUAGAGAGCAGCUGGAGAAGUACAUGCAAGCUGUGCGUCAGGAUCCUCUGCUUGGAGCCAGUGAAAUGUUCAACAGCUUUUUAAGAAAAGCCCAACAGGAGACACAACAGAUCCCCACUGAAGAGGUCCAGCUGGAGGUGCACUUAUCCAACAGCCAGAAGGUCAAAGUCAACAUCUUGACGUCAGACCAGACUGAAGAUGUCCUUGAGGCUGUUGCAUCGAAACUGGAGCUGCCUGAUGAUUUGGUGGGCUAUUUCAGCCUCUUCCUAGUUCAGGAAGGCGUAAACGGAGGCUGCACAUUCGUGAGAAAGCUGCAGGAGUUUGAGCUGCCCUACGUGUCGGUCACCAGCCUGCGCAAUCCCGACUACCACAUCGUCCUUCGCAAAAGUUAUUGGGACUCGGCCUAUGACAGUGAUGUAAUGGAGGAUAGUGUGGGUCUUAACUUGUUAUAUGCACAGACUGUGUCUGACAUCGAACGAGGCUGGAUUCUGGCCAACAAAGACCAGCACAGACAGCUGAAAUCCCUGCAGGAGAAAGGCUCAAAGAAAGAGUUCAUCAGAUUGGCUCAGACGCUGAAGUACUUUGGGUAUAUCAAGUUUGAUCCCUGCAUCACGGAUUUUCCAGAAAAAGGUUGCCAUGUCAUCGUCAGCGCUGGCAACAACGAGCUCAACUUUCACGUCAAACUGCCCAAUAACCAGAUGAAGGAAGGCAGCUUUAAAGUCACACGCAUGAGGUGCUGGCGAGUCACUUCAUCUCAAGUUCCAGUGGCCAAUGGCACUGCUAAUCCCUGCACCUCUGGCAAGUGUGACAUCAAACUGGAGCUGGCCUUUGAGUAUCUGAUGAGCAAAGACCGUCUGCAGUGGGUCACCAUCACAAGUCCUCAGGCAAUCAUGAUGAGCAUCUGUCUCCAGUCCAUGGUGGAUGAACUGAUGGUGAAGAAGUCUGGGGGAAGCAUUAAGAAAAUGCAGAAGAAACGUCUUAAUGGAUCCAUCCAUCGAUCCAACAGCCAGCAAGCUGUGAAAUCUCCUCCAUUACUGGAUUCUCCUGAUGCGAAUCGGGAACAAGUUGUCAAGCUCUCGACCAAGCUGAGUUCUGUCUCCCUACGGGGGAUCAGCGCCUCAAACUCUGCUAACGAUCUCAGCGGCAGUGAUUUUCACGGAAACUAUGCCUUCGAGGGCAUCGGGGAUGAUGACCUGUGAUGCUGCUCUCAGACUGAAGCACAGGACAGCUGAGCCAAGCAGAGCAGGUUCGAGUGGAGAAUACACGCCCGAUUCUACAAGAUUUUAACACACUGUUGUCCUGCAGCAUUUCUCCAAUAAUCCAAAACAUCGUUACAAACCACAAAUUACGAAGGGGUAAGGGGUCUUGCAUGUAAUGAGGUGUCAACUUAGAUAGGCACAGUACAUUGUGUGCAAUGCCCAACGUGGAGCACAUGAACAAAUCAAACAAAAAUAUCGAAGAUGCACUGACGAGCUUAAUCUUUAAAACAAAAUCCGAGCAUCUGACGAUUACUCCCAGUAAUCCCAGUCUGACAUUCUCUUAGUAACCAGGCGGCUCUGCUAGCUUCUGUUGCCAAGAUCUGCGUCAUAUUAGUCAACGUCACAUGCAUUCAUGGCAAUAAAUAUGGCUGUGAAUGGGACUGCAAAAUCAUCAAAUUCAUUCUAACAUUUCAUCAGCUUCAGUAUCAAAACUCAGUGUUGAAUCUGUGCAUUCCUAAAAAAAAAAAAAAAAAAAAAGUUUCACACUGUGCCAUCCUUUUAAGCAAGUGCAGGGAUGCAUCGUUUAUUUCCUGCAUCCAUGAAACGAAAUACUCCUAUUGGCUGCGACAAAAGCUGCUUCUGAUGUUAACCUCUACUGAAUAGUACUUCCUUUUUUUUAGAGACUCAAAGCUGUGCUUUCUCAUCCUCUAUGCUGUAACCAAUGAUUAAGCGUUAAAUGAGCUUCAUGCUGUCUCAAGCUGAUGGCUACAAUGAAAGUAGAUCUGAGAACACUGAUUUGAACAAGUCCAAACAUGCUAAAGUCAGCUGCGUAAAGCUGUACAGAUUUUGGUUUAAGGCAUAGUCUUUUUCAGUUACGGAGUUCAGGAGGAAUUACGACCUUCAUGUGCAAUGUGCCAAUCCUUGCCAAUUAUUUUUUUCUCCGAUAUUAUCUAACAGGGGUUUUCAAUGCUCUCAAAACUCCUCAGCAUCAUAGCUUCAUAAGUAGUGAAUAGAAAUCGUUAUACGGGUUCGGAAUUGAAACCUCAUCCUAAUUAGAUCAUGCACCACACACAGAGCCAUAGCAUGGCCUUUUUUUUUUUUUUUCCCCUUUUCUUUUCUUCUCCCAACUCUUUGCCUUACAGUAAUUCAACCGCCUUACAUUUCAAGCUUGUCCGUUUUGUCAUUUCAGUGUUAGGUCCUUGUCAAUGUAAGCUCUGGUGAGAAAUCUUGCAGAAUUUAGAAAGAGUUCUGUUGGUGUUUGGGCAGAACCGCUUGCACAUGCUGAACCCAUGAUUUUGCACAAUAUUAUACAGACAGAUGGCGUGACUCAUCAUGGAAAACAUUCUGAACCAUAUGCUCAAUGUUGAAUUUUUUUUUUUUUUUUUUUUUUUUUUUUUUUCUCUCUCGUAUUUCCAACCAAUAUUUUGUGAAAGGUUUCUCAUAAAUGCCAAAAUUCUAGUUUACUAAAGCAUUUUGCACAAAAACAUUUUAAAAAUCAUGGUAGUCACUUUUAUAAAUGUACAUGCAAAUAAAAAGUAUUCUGAAGUAUUCAUUUUACUAAUAUGUAUUAUCAUUUAGUAUAUUAUAAUCAAAUGCAGUAGAUCAACUAUAUCCAAGCUGUGUAAAGAGGAAAAAAAAAAAAGUAAUAAAAAGAACGUAUACCGCUGUUUACAGAAUUGUAGAAAAUUAAAAAUUGAAAGAACAGUGUUUACAAAUUCCACAUCCACAUUUCCAUCGUUGUCGUUUUACUCAUUACCUAUUCUGUAUAUUUUUUUUUUUUUUUUUUUUUUCUUGGUUGAAAAACCACAGACCAUUUUGUGCUUUAUAAAAUGCAUUGUAGCAAUCAUCUCAGAGGACCAGAUGGAAAAAAAAAAAAAAGCUGCAUUUCAUAUUUCAGGCUGGUGGUGGGUUAAUAUAUAUAUAUAUAUAUUUUAAUCUUUGCAUGGCAAAAUUGUUCAAUCUGAGUAAAUGAGAAGCUUCAUUCCAGAGAGAUGUUCUCCAGUGCGAGUGCUGUUUACCCACCAGAACAAGACUGAUCUGAGUUAUGAUUUAUCUAACUUGUCUGAGUCUUGAUGAUUUGAAGAAGUCAUUCUCAACUUGAUCAAGUGUAAAGAGUGAAUGUGUUUUCUGACUUGUUAGAAUAUGUGAGCGUCAACUUCAGUAUGUUCACCAGCAGCAUAUCUACAAGGGGUUUAUGGUAUAUAUUCUUAAUGUCACACAGAGCCUAGCAGUUCUUUAAACAUUUAAAAGCAAUGUCAUGGAUUUCAAUAAAAGUAGAUGCCAAAUCUCUG